AUGGAGUCGUCGCCACGUCCUGCCACCUGCACCGUCGCGGCUGCUCUCCUAGUCGUCUGCAGUCUUCUGCCCCGCCCAUGCGCGUCGGAGGGCGACCAGCUGGCUGUCGGCGAGCGGCUUACGCCCGGCCAGCCCCUCGUGUCCGACGGCGGCGCCUUUGCUCUUGGUUUCUUCUCCCCGGUCGACGGUGCCGCGCCGGCGAGGCUGUACCUCGGCAUAUGGUACAACAGCAUCCCAGGGCCACGCACCGUCAUCUGGGUGGCCAACCGCGAAGCACCAGCCAGCAACCCCACCCUCGCUCUGUCCAACGACUCCUCCACCCUCGUCCUCUCCGACGCCGACGGCCGCGCCCUCUGGGCUUCCACCGGCGUCCCGAGCGGCUCGUCCACGCCGCCGCGGCCUGCCGUGCUGGAGAACGACGGCAACCUGGUCCUCCGCUCCCGGAACGGCACGGUGCUAUGGGAGAGCUUCGACCACCCCACCGACACCUUCGUCCCGGGCAUGAAGGUCCGGCUGAACCACCGCACGCGCCAGGGAAACCGCAUCGUGUCGUGGAGAUCCCCCGGCGACCCGGCGCCGGGGAGCUUCUCCUACGGCCUGGACCCGUCCACCUCCCUCCAGCUGGUCAUGUGGAACGGGACGCGCCCCUACUGGCGCUCGCCCGUCUGGACGGGGUACACGGUGACUAGCAACUACGUCAGCGCCGGGACUAACGUCUACACCGCCGUCGUCGACGACGAGGAGCAGAUGUCCGUGUCCUUCACCGUCUCCGACGGCGCCGCCCCCACGCGGUACGUGGUCACCGGCUCCGGCAGGUUCCAGCUGCUCAGCUGGAACCGCACCGCGUCGGCGUGGGCCACGCUCGCGUCGUGGCCGUCCGUCGCCUGCAGCGCGUACGGGAGCUGCGGCGCGUACGGGUACUGCGACGUCACGGUGUCGCCGGCACCCGCGUGCAGGUGCCCCGACGGGUUCGAGCCGGCGAGCGCGGCGGAUUGGAGCGCCGGCAGGUUCGGGCAGGGGUGCCGGCGGAAGGAGGCGCUCCCGCCGUGCGGCAGCGGAGAGGAUGGUUUCUUGCCGAUGCGGAGCAUGAGGGUGCCGGACAAGUUCGUGGUGCAGGGCGGCAACCGGAGCGCGGAGGAGUGCGCGGCGAGCUGCGUGGCGAGCUGCUCGUGCGUGGCGUACGCGUACGCAAACAUCCAGAGCAGCAGCGCCAAAGGUGACGUCAGUCGGUGCCUGGUGUGGGUCGGGGACCUCGUCGACGCCAUGAUGAUCGGCGCGCAGUGGCGAUCCACUGCUGAGACGCUCUACCUCCGCGUCCCCGUUGCCCCAGCUUCCACAGGUAAGAAGGCAAGCAAAAGUGCAGUGAAAAUAGCAGUGCCGGUGAUAGCAGGUGUGCUGCUGCUGACAUCCAUUUUCUUUGUAUGGUUCUUCAGAGACAAGAAAAAGAAAACCGAGAGCCAGAAGAAGCUAAUGCCUGUAAGCGCAAAUACUUCGACCGAGAUCGCAGAAGGAGACCACACUGAAGAUCUUGAGUUCCCGUUGAUACGGUUCGCUGACAUUGUUGCUGCCACGGGCAAUUUCUCCAAGACAUUCAUGAUCGGGCGCGGAGGGUUUGGCAUGGUUUACAAGGCAACAUUAGAGAGCGGUCAGGUGGUUGCAGUCAAGAGGCUGGGCAAGGAUUCAGACCAAGGAGCAGAGGAGUUCAAGAACGAAGCCAUCCUGAUCGCCAAACUACAACACAGAAACUUGGUCCGUCUCCUGGGCUGCUGCACGGAGGGAGCAGAGAAGCUGCUCAUCUACGAGUACUUGCCAAACAAAGGCCUGGACGCCAUCCUAUUUGACACUGCACGGAAAUCGGUGCUGGACUGGCCAACAAGGUUGAGCAUCAUCAAGGGUGUGGCAAGGGGGCUCCUCUACCUCCACCAGGACUCGAGGCUGACGGUGAUACACAGGGAUCUCAAGGCGAGCAACGUCCUCCUCGACGCCGAGCUAAGGCCCAAGAUCGCCGACUUCGGCAUGGCCAAGAUCUUCUACGAGGACCAGGUGAACGCCAAUACCAGGCGCGUCGUCGGAACAUAUGGGUACAUUGCUCCUGAAUACUCGGUGGAGGGCGUGUUCUCCGUCAAGUCCGACGUCUACAGCUUCGGCGUACUGGUCCUGGAGAUCGUGACCGGCGUGAGGGUAACCUCCCCUGACGGCAUCAAGGACUUUCCCAGCCUUAUAGCCUAUGCGUGGCACCUCUGGAGGGAAGGUAAAGCUGUUGAGCUGCUAGAUCCGUCCUUGGCAGAGAGCUGCUCGCCGGACGAGGCUUUGCUCUGCAUCCACGUUGGCCUCCUGUGCGUCCAGGACGACCCCAAGAGGAGGCCGAUCAUGUCAUCUGUCGUGUCCAUACUGGAGAACGGAAGCGCGUCGGCCACUGCUUCGUUGUGGCUCCCGAUGCCAACCCAGCCUGCCUAUCUCGGAAUGAUGGGAGAGACGGCCGAAUUAGAAAACACCAGGAACACCAUGGCCAUGACAGUUAUUCAGGGUCGGUAACACAGUAGCUGCAACAUUUUGGAGAAGGAAGUCGCACUGGUCCUAGUGUUCAUAUUCUUAAUGGAGGAAACUUCAGAUUUGUAGAGCAU